ACAGGCUGCCUGGGAGGAUGUUUUGAAAAAAGCCCAAUCCCUGCAACUGGCGUCGGCCCAAAAAACAUGGACCUAUGCGAGGGACAGUUUGUUUGGGCUCUGGAAGAGCCGGACAUUGAGUAAAAGGGAUAACGCCCGAAAAACUGGAUCCGGAGGGGGGAAGGACAGCGUUAUGGAUGAAGCUGACUUGGCCAUUCUCGAUAUUCUGGAAUCAGACUCAGCUGUGGUAGAUGGAUUGAAUUUGCCAGAAAGUUAUGGAAACUCAGAAAAUCUACCAUCAGCUGAGUGUGAUUCCAGAGUGUCGAUGACAGAGGAAACACCUGCCAAUCCCCCUCCAAACCCAAGGAAAAGGAAGAGCUCUACCAAGUUUCCAAGUGAAACUUUGGAUAGAGAGAAAAAAUGUCGGCUGGAGCUCCUUGAGGUUGAGGUUUAUUACAGAAAACUUCAAUGCCUAAAAUUGGAGAGGGAGCUCCAACUUCCACCCUCUGCCAUAACCCGCGAAAUUGCAGCGGCAGCAACGGAAGAUAUUUCGCGUUCGUUGUUAAUUGAGGAGUUUUGAGUUUUUUAUGUAUUAUUAUUUUUA